AAAAAUAAAAUGGGUGCUACUCAUUGUCGUUGUCAUGGCUUCAUAAUAGUUCUUGUUAUGUUUCUUUCCUCUAUCUCUUGUUUACCUUCAAAACUGGACGUUUAUUAUGAUGCGAGAGGUAUCAAAAUCGAAGUUGGCCUGAAACAAAAUCUCUAUGAUUCCAUUCCUAACCCUCGUAGUGAUUUUGGUAGUUCUCUUCCUACGUUGGCCAAUCAGAUUCCAGUUUGUCGUCACCAAAACAGGUCUAGGGCCCCCGUAUUGAUAUUUGAUUGCAAAGAGAAAGGAUAUGUUUUCACAAAGAUUAAUUUCGCUGACUACGGCCAUGCAAGUGGUGAUUGUGGUAACUUUAGACGCGGCAAUUGCGGCGCACCCGAUACCUUGAGGCUCGUCAAAAAGAAUUGUCUUAGAAAAUGGCAGUGUGUGCUUCUUUUGGGGAGAGGGGACGAGAUGUUUGGCCCGACACACUGCAAGAGUCCUCCUUGGUUCGUUGUUGAAGCUACUUGUACAAAAACUUAGGUCUCUACUGCACAAGUGUUUCUUUAUAAUUUUUUCAAACUUAGGUCCCAACUUUGCAGCUUCAGCCUUAAUGCUUUGAUCUAAGUUUGUCAUUGAUCAUAUUCAUACUAGGGCUCGUACCUCCCACAAGAUCGUGGAAAUUUUUGUCGUACAUGUAUUAUU